CUUCAAUAUAUUUACCUUUUUUCCCCAGCAUCUAAACACAGCUUUCUUCUCCUUCCUGUAAUAUUUUUCCAGAGACUUUGAAGCUGUGUUUAUUCAAUUACAAUGGCUUCUUCAACAUUAUUUUCCAAUUUCUCCUUGAAAGGGGAGUCCUUUGAUAUAAAGGCGCUCAAUCCUAAUAAAGAGUUCAAGUUUAAUGCUUUGAAUCUCAUGAAUAGAUUACCUGUUAAAGCCAUGCUAUCAUCCGAGUUUAUGUAUUCAAGAUUGCUAACUGAUGAGAACUCGCUGAAAUGGGGACAAAGUGAAAGGCUUUUGAGGAACCGGAUGCAAUGUCAUGCUGUGGAAGUCGAGAAGAUGCCUGUGAAUUCAAUGGGAAAGAAGUUUCAACUUGAUGAUGUGAUUGAAGCUCAACAAUUUGAUAGAGAAACUCUAAAUGCUAUAUUUGAAGUGGCAAAAGAGAUGGAGAAAAUAGAAAAGAAAUCACCUGGGAGCCAAAUUCUCAAGGGUUACCUAAUGGCCACCCUUUUUUACGAGCCCUCAACCAGAACUAGGCUUUCAUUCGAGUCAGCCAUGAAACGGCUAGGUGGUGAAGUUCUAACAACUGAAAAUGCUAGAGAAUUUUCUUCAGCAGCUAAAGGAGAGACUCUUGAAGAUACUAUAAGAACUGUUGAAGGGUACUCUGAUAUAAUUGUGAUGCGGCACUUUGAAAGCGGUGCUGCUAAACAAGCAGCAGCUACAGCAGGCAUUCCUAUCAUCAAUGCUGGUGAUGGUCCGGGUCAACAUCCAACCCAGGCCCUUUUAGAUGUCUACACCAUAGAAAGAGAGGUAGGAAAAUUGGAUGGCAUCAAAGUCGGUCUUGUCGGAGAUCUUGCCAAUGGGAGAACUGUUCGUUCUCUUGCAUACUUGCUUACAAAGUACCAAGAUGUGAAGAUCUACUUUGUCUCCCCCGACGUUGUUAAAAUGAAGGAUGACAUUAAAGAUUAUUUGACAUCAAUGGGCGUCGAGUGGGAAGAAAGCGCUGAUUUAAUGGAAGUGGCCUCUAAGUGCGAUGUGGUUUAUCAAACGCGCAUCCAGCGAGAGCGGUUUGGAGAAAGAAUUGGUCUUUACGAAGAAGCUCGAGGCAAAUAUAUAGUUGACAAGAAUGUGUUAAAGGUGAUGCAGAAGCAUGCUGUAAUCAUGCACCCUCUCCCGAGGCUUGAUGAGAUUACGGUCGAGGUUGAUGGCGACCCGAGGGCUGCCUAUUUUAGACAAGCAAAGAAUGGUCUUUAUAUAAGGAUGGCUCUCCUGAAACUGUUGCUUGUUGGAUGGUAGGGGUUGGGCGGUUCUCUUUUUCAGGUCAUUUAUUUGCGUCUAAGAACAACAUUUGAACAAAAAUCUCAAAACCCAUUUUUCAUAUUUCCUUAUAUGUUCUUCUGUUGGUUUGGAAGUCAAGUUAAUAUCAUCUUUUU